AUGCAUAACUAUUGGAGCAUCAAAAGCGGCAACCACACUUGGCAUUACCCACUCGGAAAUGGACGGGCCUACCUAGUGAGUGAGACAUUCAAUGUUCAAAUGUUGUCAGGCCACAUGAGUCCAAAUGUUUGCCUUUCUCCAGCAACAUUGAAUCCCUCCGAGGGAGAAUCUAGCCGGCGCGUCUCGCACUCGAUGGGAAUUCGUAUGAUCACACCAGCGAGGGUGGUAAAGGAGCGGACGCUGCUAGUUGAUCGAGUCUGGUCUGGUGCCUUCUGGUGUUUUACGGCCAGUUACAGUGUGCAGCAGUCUGGUGCCAGGCUGGUAUUUGAUAGGAAAAGGUCUGGCUCCUACUUAAGUAAAGUAUGUAGUUAA